AAGCCCGUUGUGUGCUAGCUGUUGUUAGGCGCUCUCUGUCGUUUAAACUUCCCCCAAAGCGAAGAGCAGGUAGCUGCAUUUUACAGAUGGGGAAAGUGAAGUUUGACAGCUAGGAAAGAACCCAAAUUGAAACCCAGAAGCGAGUCUGCCAAACCUCCCAAAAGCAGUUGACGUUUCCUUUAAUCCAUGGAUUACCUUCCAGGAAAGUGAAUAAACUUAAUUGAGAAUGUCUGAAAACCUUGACAAGUCCAAUAUAAAUGAAGCAGGAAAGUCAAAAUCAAAUGAUUCUGAGCAAGGCCUUGAAGAUGCUGUGGAAAGUUCUGAAGGAGCUUUACAGAAAAAAAUAAAGUCGGGCUCUGCCAGCACCCAAGGAGCGCAGAGACCUCCCUCUAGCCCUCCUCGAUUUGUGACGGUGGAAGAACUUGUGGAGACAGCGAAAGGAGUCACGAACAUGGCUCUCGCCCAUGAAAUUGUCGUAAACGGCAACUUUCGGAUUAAACCCGUUGAGUUACCAGAAGACAGCUUGGAGAAGAGGGUAAAGGAUAUUGUCCAUAAGGCUUUUUGGGAUUGCCUGAGUGUCCAGCUAAGUGAAGACCCCCCAGCCUAUGACCACGCCAUCAAACUGCUUGGAGAGAUCAAAGAGACUCUCUUAUCUUUCUUGCUGCCUGGUCACACCAGACUGAGAAACCAGAUAAGAGAAGUCUUGGAUCUGGAUCUGAUACAGCAGGAGGCAGAGCAUGGGGCCCUAGACAUUUCCAAGCUGGCAGAAUUCAUCAUUGGCAUGAUGGGUACACUGUGUGCACCUGCUCGAGAUGAGGAAGUAAACAAACUCAAGGACAUUAAGGAAAUAGUGCCCCUUUUCAGGGCGAUGUUCUCUGUGCUGGGCCUCAUGAAGGUGGACAUGGCCAACUUCGCCGUGAGCAGCAUUCGGCCGCACCUCAUGCAGCAGUCGGUCGAAUAUGAAAGGAAGAAGUUCCAAGAGCUUCUGGAGAAGCAGCCCAACGCGCUGGACUUCGUCACGCAGUGGCUGGAAGAAGCCGCCGGCGACCUCGCGGAUCGGACGUGUGGACGCGCCCUGCCGGCCGGGGGCGGCGCCGCGGGCUCUGGGGACGCGCCGGUGCCGGUGCCGGACGCGGCGGCCGUGCAGGAUCGCGCGUACCUGCGGCUCCUGCGGUGGGACCACCUGCGGAGGCCGUUCCCCGAGACGGUUUUGAUGGACCAGGCUCGCUUCCAAGAACUCCAGCUGCAGCUGGAGCAUCUGACCAUCCUGGGGGCCGUGUUGCUGGUCACGUUCAGCAUGGCAGCCCCGGGAGUCUCCAGCCAGGCCGACUUUGCCGAGAAGCUCAAGAUGACUGUGCAGAUUCUGCUAACAGAUAUGCAUCUGCCCUCCUUCCACCUGGAGGAUGCCUUGACUGCCAUCGGGGAGAAAGUCUGCGUGGAGGUGAGCAGCCGCCUUUCCCUGUGUGGGUUCAGCCCCCUCACUGCAGACCAGGAGACCGCGCUCAAGGGCCAGAUCCAGGCUGUGGCCAGUCCCGACGACCCCGUCCGCAGGAUCGUGGAUGCCCGAAUCCUGACCUUCUUGGAAACCUGCCUUGCCUCAGGUCAUCAGAAACCAUUGCCCACCGUCCCUGGGGGAUUGGGUCCAGUUCACAAAGAGCUGGAGGAGCUUGCUGUUAAGUUCGUUCGCCUGGUCAACUAUAACAAGAUGGUCUUCAGUCCCUACUACGACGCGACCCUCAGGAAGAUCCUCGUGGGACCCUAGCACACGUGCUCCCUGCAGCGCCUUGUGACCCACCCGCUCAGAUGCCUGUCUCACCUCUAACGUCGCUUCGGAAAAUGGCUAUUUAGUACAUUUCUGUUUAACAGCACCAAUUCCAAAAGGAAGAAUAUUGCUCAUCACUGUUGAAAAGACUUGUUGAGAAACGCGCUGACUUCUCUUUUGAGGGUUAGUGUUUACGAGCGCAGGUUUACACAUCAAAGCAGUUUGUCUUGUGUCGGGUUUCACAGGUGGCCUCAGCUUUUGGGGUGGGCUGCCCGUGUCUGCACCCCGCUGUGUCAGGACUGCAGCCGCCUGUCUCUCCCAGGCCUGGGGCCUCUCUCUGCCUUCAGGGAGUGGUUCUUUCUGACCCCCAAGAGUGUCUGACAGCCCCAAGAGGGAAGAAGCGGAGCCGUGAGCAGGACGUGCUUAGACUCCUGUCCCUCACACACGGCCCCUCCGCCUCCGUCCAGGUCUUUCCUUGGAAUGGGCUUGCGUAGUCUUACUGCCUUUCCCCCGACUUCCUGCCCCCUGCCCGGUCCAACCAGAGCCCCAGAGCGCUUUUGUUCUCGAGGAGAGUUGCGUGAUUCGGAAUAGCUUAUUCUUUUACUCAGAAUUAGUCCUGAGCCUGGAUGAUAACAGUUAGGACUCAGGCGAUCGAGAGAAAGGGAAUUCUUUGACUUUUAAGCCUUGAAAGUUAAGGAGGAGAAAAACUUUUAAAAAAUAUAUGUUAGGGGCUGGCCCGGUGGCCAAGUGGUUAAGUUCAUGCGCUCCGCUUUGGCAGCCCGGUGUUCAUCGGUUUGGAUCCUGGGUGCCGACAU